AUGGUGCCACCGCCAAACUUAUCAAAAUAUUUAAUGAAUGUGCGUUCGUCUCAACGCAAACAUCCACAAGAAGCCGCCCAGCAGCAGCCCGCCCAACAACAGCAGCAACAAUAUAGAAAUCAACAACACCAACAAUCAUCGUUCAGGCAACAUCGUAGCGCCUAUGAGUACAGCAAAACAUCGCAAACGGACGAAGAGAAGCAACGCGACCGACAACGCAGCGAACGUGAAGCGAAGAAAGAGGAGCAGGACGCCAUAAAUUACAAACGCGACAAGGACGCACGUGAAGCGCGUUUGCUUGACUUGGAAAUACGCCGGCAACAGAAGCGCGAAGAGCAUAAGCAACAACAUCAGUUGCAACAACAACAGCUGCAGCAGCAACAACAGACACAGGAAGGAUCGAGUGAGAAGAGUCCACCCACAACAUCGGGCCAGUCGCAACAACAGCAACAGCAGCAGCAGCAGCAGCAGCAACAAGCUACUGGUGGCGGCGGCAGCAGCAGCAGCGGCACUACAGUGCCUCGCAUACAAACACCACCAGACCGUUCGUGUCCGCCAGCGUUUCGCAGUCGCUCUAUCGAGCGUGAGCUACAUUACGAGCGCAAAAGGUAUUCGGCGCCGGAAACAGCCGAAAUCAAGGAGGGUGUAAGCACGACACCAUCACCGCAGGCUAUCACUGGACCGCCGCCAGCCACACAUCAUUCGGUGGUGGCGGGCCCUCCGGCAACAGCAGCAGCUGCUACAGCUGCUAUAAUACCCAUAUUACCGCUUGGAGUUGCCACACUGCGUGAUGACUCCACGGAAUCUGAGCAAUCCGUGACGUGUACGCAGGCCCAGCCAGAUGCGUAUCAUCGCAUUAU